GCUGUACGGCGUCAGUUCAGUAUCGCCUGGCGCGCCAGCCACUACGCGCGAUUGUCCUCGUCCUCUAUUCGUAUAUAACCUCUAAACCCCAUGCACCAUCCACUAUAUUCGCUGAAUUUACGACGACACCAACUUCUAAAGUCGAUGAGAAACUCGUACUCUAAAUUGAGACAGUCAUAAAGUCUCUGAAAAUUUCCGUCGUCUUUAGUUUCUGUGCACUAUUAUUUUGAAUGUUUCGAAAGAAAUGUGCGAAUUCGUCUUAGUAUAUUAAGACAUUGACAAGCUAUACAAAGUGAUUAAAAGUAGAGCAAUUGAAGAAAUGUCAGCUGUUCACACUUAGCGGCGGUACACGAAGGCGGCUAAAAAUAACUGGGGUUCGCGCGCUCGUGUCUCGCCCGCAGCCGGUGCGCCUUUUCACUCAAUACACUAUUUCUGUCUGUAGGAAAGCAAUAAGAUAUCUACAUGAAAACUAAGAUUUGUGAACGAUUGCUAUAUGGACAAUGAGAAAAGUGCGUAAAAAGAAGCCCAUUGUCGCAACGCGACACUGAUUCACAUGUAUAGGUAGUGUUGUAAAAGAAUUGUGCUUCCUACGUUACAGUCCCGCAUUUGAAAAAGAUGGCGCUGGUAAUGUUGCCGUGUGACCUGCCCUGGUGGACUUCAGUUCAAAGACAUCUAAAACAUCUGCUUUUGGCAUCAUCACCAUCUAAACUAACUGCAAACAUGUUAAAAAUUCAUGACAUGUGCAACAUAGGAAUAGAUCCAGAUGACGAUGUCAAAGACCCGGAUCUCAUGAAGGGCUUAGAGAAAUUUCUAGAAGAAGAGUUGACUGAGGAUGAGCGAAGUCAUUUCCUGGACAACACCAUAAGGAUCAUGGUCAAUCGAGCGUUACAUUUAAAGAGAUGGCGGCCUCCGAAGGGACUCAUGUUCAGUCUACAGCAACAAAGUGACGUUGUAGAACUAGAUCACAACUUCGUGUCGUCCCUUAUUGCUCAUGCUUUUUUCUCUACCUUCCCAAAAAGAACGCUCAAAACACAUCCGACACUACAAGACUUCAAUUUUACGCAUUUUUUUAAGAAUUUACAUAGAAAAUCGCAAAGAAAUAAAUUAAAAAGUUUACUACAUUAUUUCGAAUGGCUAGACAAAAACAGCGACGAAGGAACAAUUAAAUUAAGCCGACAGGUGAUGACGUCAAAACAAUGGCUUACGAUAGAAGACUGGCUAGAAUGUACAUUACCGUUAUGCAAACUAUUGGUAAGGCACGAGGGCCGCCCGGAACGAUGCGAGAACGAUGAAGCCAUUAGGGUAUGUUUCGCAUCCAGCAGAGUGGGUGGGGACGUCCUCAUUGACGGAGACUCACAGGAAUCAUUGUCAAUGUUCAUGAUGCCAGAAUUGUUACCAGCAAUGUUAUCCGUAGAAGCGCUAGAAGACAACGAAGUAUUGAAAGUCGAAGGAGUUAGAAUGUUUAGCAGAAUCUGUGGCAAAAAACAUAAGACCAACGUAGAAUUACUAAGUGAACCAAAAACGGUAAACGUCUGUUUGAUGGAUGCAGAAGAUUACAGUAGUCUUCCGCUAGGUCAGUGGGAAGAGGACAACGUUUUACGAGAGCUUAAUAAGUGUCUACUAGCGUUCCAACAGACUCCAAUGAAAAGUCGGGAUAACCCGCGGCAUGAACGUCGAUUAUCGCCUAUUGGGGAAUCUUUCAGCCACACGCCACCGGAAGUAGAAGCGACGGUAGUUAUAAAACAAGCAUCGUCGUGCAGCACCAUCAACAGCUACAGCAGUAGAAGCCCAUCCCCACAGAACUAUUGCGCAGCCACUCUAAAUCUUAACGAUCCAAGUGUCGAACUAACAAAGAGGAAAUGCUGGCUCUCACCUGACGGCAGCACUUUAAAUAACCGACGAGGAAGGUUCAUAGUUCUCGGCUCUUCAGGCGAAUGUCUCCCAGUCACACGGUCUCCUGGUCACCCAAAUUUAGAGACUCAGGAGGACAGUCUCUAUUCUAGUUGUAAUUCGAGUGACGAUGAAUACCACAGCGCCAAUGAUAGUUUCGAUUACGGAGGUAGCGAAGAUGAAGGGAGAGGGGAAAGCGCACGUCCAAAUUCAUUCCAGUAUUCUAAAGAGUUGUCAACUGAGGAGAGACGAAUAAGCUUUGCCGAUAGACUGCGAGAAGCCUUACGAAGGGAAGCUGAGAAUUCAUGCACCACCAGUACGACAGGAGACUGGUCUACUGACAGUUCGAGCUAUGCGGUCGGAAUCAGUAUAUCAGGAGCUGAAGUUAAUGAUAAUGAUAUUAGAGUUAAGAGAGGCGGAUCGGUAGGUUUUGUAUUAACAGAAAAAGAAACAUCGAGCAAUGGUAACCCAUCGCCUAGGCAUCGGGUACUGGGCAGGAAAGAAACUGGGAAUAGCUCCAAAUAUAGCUUCAGUACAGAAUAUACAUCUGAGUUAGAAGAAGUGUACGAGCAGUUCAACCAGUGGCUCAACGAUCCGAUAGUAGACGCUGAAUCCGGGGAACAUAAAACGCGAGAGUUAGACUCUCGGGACUUGGCUGUGAUAAGAUUUGCGGGUUCUCUCCUGAAGCGUACGCUGAGCGAGUCGAUGGCAUGCGGUGUAGGCGGCGUGGGCGAGGGUGCAGCAGAGGCGGCAGAAUUGUACGGCCGCGAUGCCAGGGACCGCACCGGCCCGCGCCGCCUGGCGCUCGCCGCCCGCUCGCUGUCUCUAGAGCUGGCUCGGCAUCGACACCGUCUCGCUGCACAGUUGAAACGUAAAAUAAAAGACUCUAUACCGGAGGAGAUUAUAGAAACCACAAGAACAUACAACAGUCGGGACGAAGCAGAGAACCUGAGGUCAUUCAGUACUUCGACUGAAACUUGUUCAACGGAAAUACAGAACUCGAACUUUAGGAAGAAAAAGUUGAAUUGGGUGAUAAACAUGAUUGUACAUACGAUAGAAGAAACAAUAGAGUGUGAACCUGUUACUAUAAAACUAAAAAAACCUAAGCUAAAUCAGUUAGCACACAAGAUAGUGACGGGUGGCUCGUGUCGACCAGUCGCCACUGGUAACUGGGGUUGUGGCAAAAGACAACGAGGUCACCCUCAACUCAAGCUUCUCCUGCAGUGGCUCGGCGCCAGCGUUGCCGGUGUACCGGCACUUCUAUACUAUACAUUCGGCAAUGAAAAGCUGUUCAAGCUUGAUACCCUCGUCAGAGUCAUAGUAGACAGGAAGUGGACUGUCGGACAGUUAGCACGCGCCGUGCUAAAAUUCGCACGACAAAUUCUCCAUGAACCACAUGUGAUACCUGACAACCACUCGCUAUUCGACGAAUUAAUCGGUAUCGAAAAAAUACCGGAUGAUACAUAGCGCCGAUACUUCAAACUUUAUGCUGAAAGGCAUAAGGUUUAAUUUAAAUGUAAAAUAAACUUGAUAUCAUAUUGGCUGCGAUUUUUAUGUAGAUCAAGUGUAAGUCCUUGCGACAAGGCACUUUGAGAUAAAAAAAAAUCUGUAUCUCUUUUGAGUUUUAUAUUGAAGUAAUAGAUACUCGUAGUCAUAUGUACCGUGAGUGAUUCCGAUAAUUUGCACGUUUAUGCAAAUAAUAUUCACAUCUUUUGUUUUUGUUGCUCCUAAAAUUAUUUUAUAAUAAUGCAUUUAAAACAUGUCUCAUCAUAUUUGUACCAUUACCUAGAUUUUAAUCGUUUAUAUUAUCACUCAAUAGAAAAGACAAGUGUCUUCAUUUUACACAGUACUUAUCGAGCAAUUUUAGAUACAGUUUACGGCAUAGUUAUGACGAAGCAAUAUUAGUAGUGGAAAUUCGAUUUGAAUACAUAACUUAAAAAUAUUUUUAUACAAAACUAUCUCUAUUAAAGUACAAGUAUAAAAUUGUUAUUUAACAUUUAUCAAUUUAUCGUUAAUGAAUUUAAACAAACUUAUUAUAAAUGUGAUUUAUAUAAAUAAUAACGAUAAAAUUAUUUUACAUUAACGUUUGUAGAGCCGUGCUGGUGCAAGACUGUUAUAUUACUUGAAAUAUAAUUUCACCAUAUCUUUUGCUUGCUGAAAAUCAACGAGAAAUUAAGAUUGUGUGUCAAUAUCACUUACCAAAGAAUAAUGAAUGCAUAGUGAGCAUCUCUUCACGUAUUUCGUUUGUUGCAUCACGUUGCAAUGAUCUUCAUUUGACAAAGUCUUCCAUAGCAAGAAUCUCGAUGUGUCCAAAGUUUGUUAAUUUUAUGUAAUGAAGAAAUACUCAAGCUGGAUGAUGGGAAAUAAAUUAUUACGCUACGGA